UGAUAGAGCUUCCGGGAUCCUACGUUUUGUGCAGCAGCAACAAAACGAAAACGGAGAAAGACUGCCAAGAAAGAUACAAGGAAGUAGACACUUCAGAUUCCGAAGAAAAUAACAGGAACCGUUACUCGAUUGGAAUGAAAUAGCUACAUUGGAAUUACAAUUGACGAAUUAGAAGCACUGGUUGCUCCGAAUAGCUGUCGGGCUUGUUGUUAUGCUAGCUGCAAUCCUCGUUGACAUAGCUUGUUGAUCAGAUAAUAUUAGCUAGUGGUGUUCGAUUUUCUAUAACCCUCAAAUAUAGCCAAAUAGACACGUAAUAUAAAUCAUUCCGGCCAGCCUAAUUUGCAUUCGUAUAAAUAAUUAGUUUUAUAUUUAGAAAUAUUAUUUUCUUAAUAUUAUCAGGCCGGCUAUUGUCAUACUGCAGAUGUAACUACUUCGUAAAAUCGCCGCAUAGCUUAUCAGCUGGCGCGACUGUCUCGGUGACUAACCCGCUGGCUUUAUAAAGUGUUUUAUAAAGUGCUGGCUUUCGCUAACAGGCUAGUUUGUGAUAAAAUAAUACCACGUUCAAAGGCUAGUUAGCUUGCUAGCUAGUUGCAAAAGAAACGCUAUCUAGACAGGUACCUCUGUAAAUCAGAACAGAGCCCGGACAUUUUAUUGUAUUGUCAAUUUGAAUAUGUGCUAAGGUUUAGCUUAUGUGUAUUUUGCUCGGAAGAAUAGCGAGACCUGAAUAUUACAUUGCUGAUCGAUACGCGUAAUCAAAAUCAAAGUAGAUCUCACUAGCUAGCUUUUUUUGUUUCGUUUUAUCUACGUCAGACAAACAGGCCCCAUUGACUGGCAACAAUAUAUCCAGUAGAAAAGUGCCGUUAACAAGCUAGCUAUUAAAACAUAGGUCUGGAUUGGUUGUGUGGAUACCAUACGGGCGUAAUUCAUUAUGUCGCAGUACACCAGUUUCCCGGAACCGAACGAUGACUCCAACCCCUUUCAGGACCCUGCAGUGACGCAACACAGCAGUAACACAGGGUAUGCCACUCUGGACCUCUACAACCCCUUCGACAACAAGACCGGGCCUCCACCUCCCUACGAGGCCACCUCCCCUACUGCUCCUCCCGUUCCUGCCCAGACCCCGCCCAGCAGGACCACACCCACUGAGCCCAGGAACUAUGGCUCCUACAGCUCACAGUCGACCCCCGUGACCGCCACCACGGCGGAGCUGCUGAAGAAGCAGGAGGAGCUGGAGAGGAAGGCCAAGGAGCUGGAGAGGAGGGAGCGAGAGCUGGACUCCCACGCUCUGGGGGCGGGAGCCUCACGUCAGAACAACUGGCCCCCCCUGCCCUCCUUCUUUCCCGUGGGACCCUGCUUCUACCAGGACAUUGACCUGGAGAUCAGCCAAAGCUUCCAGCACACCGUGAAAAUCAUGUACUACUUCUGGAUCUUCUCUGCGUCCACCCUGCUAUUUAACUUCAUCUCCAGCCUGGCGCUGUUCUGCGUGGACACGUCCAACGGCGUGGGCCUGGGUCUGGCCAUCCUCUGGGUGAUCCUCUUCACCCCCUGCUCCUUUGUCUGUUGGUACAGGCCUGUGUACAAAGCCUUCAGGAGUGACAGCUCCUUCAACUUCUUUGCCUUUUUCUUCAUCUUCUUCGUCCAAGUGGUCCUGUAUGUCAUGAUGACCAUCGGGAUCCCCCACUGGGGGUUCAGCGGGUGGAUUGUGAGCCUGGGGACCCUGAAGACCAAUGUGGCCGUGGGAGUGAUCAUGAUGCUCAACGCUGUGCUCUUCACCGGGCAGGCCGUCAUGGGCGUGAUCAUGCUCAAGAAGGUCCACUCCCUGUACAGGCAGACCGGGGCCAGCUUCCAGAAGGCCCAGGCCGAGUUUGCCACGGGGGUCAUGUCCAAUCAGGCGGUGCGACAGGCUGCGGCCAACGCCACCGCCUCCGCGGCCCAGGGGGCCUUUACCGGCGCCCGAUAGGCUGAGGGAGCUCGGGGCAUCAUCACUACGCUGUGAGGGGUUGGUGGGUCAGUCAUAUACCUAGUGGCCGACCCAAUAGGAUGUCAGACGGGGCGGGGCUUAAUCAACUUGAGAAAGAAGCAAGGCUGUAGGUCUGAGGGGUUUUAGUAUGAAAGCCAAAUGAAGGAAUUGAAUACAGGAAAAAAAAAUAUAUAUAUAUACAAUUAUGGAGCAUUAUUGUGUCAAAAGAAAGAGAGCAGGGGGAGGCUAUCCAUUAGAUUGUUUUUGAGGGAAUUUACAGAAAACACUACCAAUCUCCCCGUUCGUUAAAGUUAAGUCACUUUAAAAAUUUGUACUGCGAUUGAGUGUAAUUUCUGAACCGGUUAUCGGAACGUCGGGACGGUCAGAAAUGGGGAGGGCUUGGAGUCUGUGUGGAAACGGACCAGAGGUGCCAUCUAAACAUUUAACUAAAACCAAUUGCCGUUCGAUUAUUUGUGACCUAUGUUGCCGUAACGUUAGUGAACUAACCAGUCGUUUUGUAAUUGUAAACGAGAAUGCCUAUUUACACAACUUUGUCGAAUGCCAGAAUAAUUACAUGAUUGCUACACACACGUAAUUUCUGUUGUAUUGUUGUUUUUCUGCUGUUUGUUGUCAUCAGUAUUGCGAUUUAUGUUUUAAUAAAUUAAUUCAAAUGCCA